AGUGUUUUAAACUUUUAUAAUUUCAUUUAUUUUGUAAUGAUUUUGAGGCCUUAUUGCUGUAGUCAUUAUAAAUCGGGUAUUAUUAUUGGAGGCAUUUAUAUUACGACCAAUGUAAUACUAUUCAUUUUAAAUGUUUAUCUAUUGAUCAAUAGAAGUGAAGAUAUAAAACAUAGAAGAAGAUUUAUCUUGGCAACUGUCGAAAUAUGUCUAUGUUUGGUUUCGGUCUUAAUAUCUGGUCUCUAUAUAGUGGCCAUAAAAAAGAACUAUCACACCUUUAUGCGUCCCGGUCUAAUACCUUACAUUUUCGAUUUCUACUAUAGCAGUAAAUUCUUAUUUAUAUUGUGCUUAAAAGCCGAAAGAAAUAAUGCAUCCGAUGUUAAUAUGUCCACGACUAUAUUAUACAUUUUGUGUUUGUGGGUAAUUGGUAUACAAAUGGCUGUAUUUUGGACCAGUUAUAUAUUAUAUAAUCAAAUACGUAAUCACAAUUUGGGAAAAUCUAAAACGCAUAAACUUCCAAUGACGAAAUAAAUUUGGUUGGUUUAGCAAUUUAAAUAAUUCAAAAAUGUUUUAAAUACAUUCGCAAGUAGUUAUCUUUUGGUAACAAUAUUUUCGACUUAAUACAAUUUUGGAUGUACACAACAACAAAAAAAAAUAAAAAAUAAUAAUGAUGAUUGACUCAUACCCAAUGAAGUAAAAUUAUAAACAAAAUAUUUAUAAUAAGUAAUUUCCAAAUACAUAUACCGCUCAUUUACUUCAAGACUGAUACAACUUUAAAUUCGGGGAACUAGAAGUUUUUUUUUUUUCAUUUUAUUUAUUCUUUAUUGAAGACAGAUCUUAUAUAGAAAUCACAAUAAGUAUUAAAAUCUUAAUAUAAACUAUAAAUAACGUUGUUAUUGCCAACCAACGUUCUCGAAAAUUUGAUUAUCUGGAAAAAACAAAUGUUUCCGUCCUUCUCAGUCGUCUAUGACCGCAACUUCUAGGCAAGAGGAUUUGGGUAAUAAAUUAGUUUUGACAAGAAGGUUAAAUACGAGAACUAAACUGAACUAGA